AUGGCUGAGCUGGAGCACAACCUGAGCCUGGCGGACGCGCUCACGGAGCCGCCCCCCGAGAUCGAGGAGGAGGUGAAGAGGGACUUCAUCGCCACGCUGGAGGCCGAGAAGUUCGACGACGUGGUUGGAGAAACCGUCGACAAAACGGACUACGUCCCGCUGCUGGACGACGACGAGGACGGCAAGGCCGGGAGCCAGGAGCCCAGGAGCAAGGCCCACGCGGACGCCGUUCACGGGGAAC